AUAUGUAUACACAUAUAUAAACACAUAUGCAUAUAUGUGUAUACAUAUAUAUACACAUAAUUGCCUAUUAGUCCAUGAAAGCCGUGGUAAAUGCAUCCGUCAGCCGAUUGCUCAGUCAAUUGGUCACCGGGUGCACAGUUUGGUCGGUGGUUAACUGACGCAGUGUUGUGUAUGGUGCAGCGAAUCGUCAAUAUGACCUUGCAAGCAAUGCAAUACGCUCGUUAAAACUACCUYAUAUGUAUAUAUGUAAAUAUAUAUCAAAGUGCUGUGUAAGUGCAAUGCAAAAAAGUAGCAACAAAAAAAAGAAAUUGUAAAUGCAAACCUUUGGUUGCAAAAUUGAAAGUCGCUGUUGAAGCAUCAGCUGGUGUUGACAAUGAAAGUGAAGGAAAGGCGUUUAUUGGUGCGUUGUUGCAAGUGUUUAGUAAAAAUUUAUUUCGGAAAAAAAUUGUGAAAAAUAGCAGACCUCUYUCUAGUGAAAUUGCUUAUCAACAGAACUUUCUUACGUGCUAUCAUGUUUGUUCGUUGAGUCUUACAUACACAACAUACACAAAACAACAAACAAAAAAAACCAAAACCAUAUACUGACUUAUCGCUGACAGAAUGAGUACUUUAUAUCCAUUUCACUGGGAGGUAGUUAAAGACUACUACAUCAACACAAUUUACGCUGGCUGGCGUGAUCUCAUGGACAACAAAUCUGAUCCGCGAACACGAGAUUGGCCAUUGAUGGAUUCGCCCUUCCCCACCAUAGCGAUCAGUUUGUCCUACGCAUACUUUGUGAAGGUGCUGGGCCCCAAAUUGAUGGAAAACAGAAAACCUUUUGAGUUGCGCAAAGUCUUAAUCGUUUACAAUUUCGCGCAAGUGCUGUUCAGCGCUUGGCUAUUCUACGAGUCCUGCAUUGGCGGCUGGCUAAAUGGCUAUAAUAUCAGAUGCGAGCCUGUGGACUAUUCGAAUUCGCCACGCGCGUUAAGGGUCGCACGGGGCUGUUGGUGGUACUACAUCUCCAAAUUCACCGAAUUCUUCGACACAUUCUUCUUUGUGAUGCGCAAACGCUACGAUCAAGUCUCGACGCUGCACGUGAUCCAUCACGGCAUUAUGCCCUGCUCGGUUUGGUGGGGCGUCAAGUUCACACCCGGCGGCCAUUCGUCGUUCUUCGGCUUCCUCAACACCUUCGUGCACAUCAUCAUGUACACGUAUUACAUGUUGGCGGCGAUGGGACCCAAAGUGCAAAAGUACUUGUGGUGGAAGAAAUAUCUGACUGUCUUGCAGAUGAUACAAUUCGUUUUGGUUAUGGUGCACUCAUUCCAAUUGUUCUUCCGCAACGAUUGCAAUUAUCCCAUUGGUUUUGCAUACUUUAUUGGCGCACAUGCGGCCAUGUUCUAUUUCCUCUUCUCGGACUUCUACAAACAGGCCUAUCUCAAGCGCGAGCAGAAGAAGGAGAAAAUCGCUGCCAAUGGCAAGCUGAGCAACGGCUAUGCAAAUGGCGCUGUCAAGUCAAAUGGUGAACUGCCCACAGAGAUCAAUGGCAAUCUGAAAGUGGAGGACAAUAACAAAUUUGACGGCUACUACAAGUCCACGUUGGCGUCGCAACUGCCCAGUGACACAACAACAGCAACAACGAGACAGCGGAUCUACGCCACAGCGCAUAAUUAAUUUAUAACCGUAAUUUUACCUAUUAAUUUAAAAGAAAGAGAGCAAAAAUAUUAAUGCAAACCUAAAAGUAAUAGAAAUGUAGCUUUAAGUUAUUCGUUCUUAAGGCUUUUGUAGUUAUUUGUAUGUAUGUAUUUUAAUAAUUAUAUUAUUAAAAGCAAGUAAAUGCAUGAAGAAAAUAUUCAAAAUUGUGUACACAUAUACAAACAUAUAGUUACAAUAGUUGGGAAGGCAAGCAGCGGCUUGAGCUGUGCUCUUUUGUCCAAUGCAUUAAAGUAUUUUAAAGUGGAAGUUAUUUAGUUGAAAAAUACACGCAUGCAUAUUUUUAAAUCUAUGUUUUUAAGUUACUAGCGUUUAAACGAAUGUCAUUUUGUAUGUAUUUAAAUAAUUAAAUACGCAUUUAUGAUAUUUUCCAAAACCAUCUAGCUCUCCGCACUCCAAUCUACUUCGUAAAAUGUUUCCAAUUUACUUUUUGAAAAAUGCUUCUAAUUUACUUUGAAAGCUGUUUCCUAAUUUAUUUUCGAAAAAUUGUAUUUUACUAUUUUCUAAAAUUUUUUGGUCUAGCACAAACUAAUUGUUUCAAAAAUUCUAGAAUUCCAAUUAUUUCUUUAUUUGCUGGCAUAUUUUUAGUCACUCUCACUCUAUAACUGUUAACACAUUGCCUCUCCCUUGUUAUUGUUUUCAUUUGUUUUUGCUUAUGCUUUAUUGCAAUACAUUUUUGUGAUUCUUUUGUACUUAAAGCCAAACUUUAUUUUAUUUAAGCGCACACAACUAGUUGCAUUGUAUUCUGUGUUUUGUUGUUGUAUUGUAAAGCUUUGCUGGUGUUUUUCUAAUAUUGGUGUACUUGUAUUUUAUGCGGUUCAUUGAUUUAUGCUUUUGUUUUAGUUUACUUUAUAGAAUAGAAUAGCCUUUAAGCUAUUAGUUUCGUAUGAAAGUAGUUGCAUAAGCAAACGUAUAGAUAUGUAAAUGCAAUUAAAAGAAAUGACAACUAACAGCAGUAAAAUAUAUGUAUGUAUGUAUACAAAAAUUUGCA